CCCCCCGAUGUCCCCCUUAUCGAUCCCAUCGAUCCGCUGGUGUCUCCGUCCGCUGUCGUCAGGGAGACCCCCCUUUUUGUUGUCCUGCACCCUCGGGUGGCAUUUGGUGCUCUGUGAUUGGUCGGUUGCCCCGGUGGUGAGGAAGCUCCUGAUUAGUGGGCCUGGCUUGCCUCGGCCAAUCAGCAGCCGCCUCCUGUGUUCCGGACCCGCCCCUUUGUAUUUACCCAGUGUUUGUGAUGAUGGUGAGGGGGAACUUUGCAGUGUCUUUUAAACAGAGUUUCCUUCAUCCCAGUUCUCUGGACUCUCCUGUUUUCAUUGUAUUGUUCCACACCUGCAGCUGCUAUUGUUCUGCACUAUGAAGCUUAUCAGUGAAAAGAAACCCGGUGACGUGAGUGAGGGAACAUCUCCGUACACUUUGACUGCUUCAUGGCUGACUUAUGGCUGGCUGGAGGCCGUCCAGAUGAACCCGGAUGACCCUCUGAGCUCGUGGAGCGCAUCGCCGGCCUCCGCGUUCAUCGUUCAGAUUUAGUUUGCUGUGACUUUCAAGCCUUCCCCUGGUUCGGGAUGGACAUCGGGGGCACCUUGGUCAAGCUGGUCUACUUUGAGCCGGUCGAUAUAACUGCAGAGGAGGAACAGGAAGAAGUGGAGAACCUCAAGUCCAUUCGCCGCUACCUCACCUCCAACGUGGCCUACGGUAAAACCGGCGUCCGUGACGUGCACCUGGAGCUGAGGAACCUGACCAUGUGUGGCCGCACGGGGAACCUGCACUUCAUCCGCUUCCCCACGCAGGCCAUGCCCCGCUUCAUCCAGAUGGGCCGCGACAAGAACUUCUCCAGCCUGCACACGACGCUCUGCGCCACCGGGGGCGGAGCCUACAAGUUCGAGAACGACUUCAGGGCGAUGGCCGACCUGGAGCUGCUGAAGCUGGACGAGCUGGACUGCCUGAUCCGGGGCCUGCUGUUCGUGGACCGGGUGGGCUUCAACGGGCACCCGGAGGGCUACUACUUCCAGAACCCGUCAGACACCCAGAGCUGCGUGAAGCAGACCUGCACCCUGGACAACCCGUUCCCCAUGCUGCUGGUCAACAUCGGCUCGGGGGUCUCCAUACUGGCCGUGUACUCGGAGGACAACUACAAGCGGGUGACCGGGACCAGUCUGGGCGGUGGCACGUUCCUCGGCCUCUGCUGCCUGCUGACGGGCUGUGAGACGUUCGAGGAGGCGUUGGAAAUGGCGAGUAAGGGCGACUCCACCAACGUGGACAAGCUGGUGAAGGACAUCUACGGGGGCGACUACGAGCGCUUCGGCCUGCAGGGCUCCGCCGUCGCAUCCAGUUUUGGUCACAUGAUGAGCAAAGAGAAGCGAGACAGCAUCAGCAAGGAGGACCUGGCCAGAGCCACAUUGGUGACCAUCACCAACAACAUAGGAUCCAUAGCCCGGAUGUGUGCUGUCAACGAGAAAAUCGAGCGCGUGGUGUUUGUGGGGAACUUCCUGCGCAUCAACACGGUGUCCACCAAGCUGCUGGCCUACGCCAUGGACUUCUGGUCCAAGGGACAACUCCGGGCCCUCUUCCUGGAGCACGAGGGUUACUUCGGAGCUGUCGGGGCGCUGAUGGAGCUGCUCAAGACAACUGAGGACCCCUGAAGUCCAAACGCCCCCCCGCCCCCUGAACGCUGUGAUGUCAUCGCUAAAGGAAACACUACGAGGGAGACGCAGAAAAGCCAUUUUAAUAAUUUAACACUUGUAAAUACCUCUGACCUCUGACCUCUACCCCCUCUCGUCGUGGAGGUUUUAACAUGUAAUCUUUAAGUUAUGGAUCCCGUGUCAUGAACACAGAGGGCUUUUAUCCGUGUGAUAUCUACUGUAGCAGGACGUCCUGGACUCUCGUGACUCUGUCAGAGACCAAAGGUUUCCCACAAUGCAACAGUCCUCUCCAGGAGUGCACUGAGGCCAAAACCCUGUCAGGAUCCGUGCGACUCCUCCGGGAAGCAGCGGGUCUUUAAUUCUUUGUUGCUCCGCUGCACAUGGCCUUUGUUUGUUUGUUUGUUUGUUUGUUUGUUUGUUUGUUUGUUUGUUUGUUUGUCUUCCGCCUGCCUACACGUGAACAUUAAACACCAUAUUGCCAAACAUGCAACGACCUGCUGACUUUAGUUAGUUGCUUUCUUUUCUGUUUUCAGAAUCACGUUUUCAAUCUAAACGAUCCGCCGUGUUUUUGUCCAAUCGGGUCGUCAAAGCGCCCCAACAAGCCCCGCCCCCUGUUCAAGACAUCGCCUUCCAACAGAUGUCUAAAUACUGUAGUGAAGCCCCUGCGAUUCCGGGAUGGAAACCCCUCUCUUGCCUGUAAUAAUGUUGAGUGGAGAGAAAAGGGAGCUGUCAAUCAUUGAUUGAUUGAUUGAUUGAUUGAUUGAUUGAUUGAUUGAUUGUAGUGUUUCUAAUCAGCAGUGUGAGCGUUUUCUCACUUUGACCCGACAAACAAUAAUGAUUAUUAAUAAUCAAUCAACAACUUUAUAUAAAGGUUUAUUCAAAUGGUUAAUUUGAUCUUCAACUCGAGUUUAGACUCCUCCUCCUCCUCCUCCUCAUGUUCCUCCUCUUCCUCCUCAUGUUCCUCCUCCUCCUCCUCUUCCUCCUCAUGUUCCUCCUCCUCCU